UCGAAUUACCUUGAGUUCGAAAAGUUGUGACGUUUGUAACGUCCUAAAAUCGUCUCGACCCGAUUCGUACUCGACACAUUAUCACUUUUAUAGUAUUGUUAAAAAUAAAUAUGGCCAAAGAAGGAAGAUCCUAUAGAAGACGAUCUAGAUCUAAAUCAAGAGACAGGAAGCGAAAAAGAUCCAGGUCAAAGGAAAGGAGAAGGUCAAGGUCAAAAGAAAGAAGAUCAAAGUCACGAGAGAGAAAACGUUCAAGAUCUCGUGAAAGGAAAAGGUCAAGAUCUAGAGAAAGGAAAAGGUCAAGGUCCAGAGACCGUAAAAGAUCUAGGUCAAGAGACAGAAGAAGAAAGGAUGAGAAGAGAAGGUCAAGGUCAAGAGACAGAAGGAAAAGGAGUUCUAAAGAUAGAUCAAAGAGUAAAUCACCAUCAAGGUAUGGUGAAGGAGCUAUAAGAGUCAAAGAUGAACCUCUUGAUAAGGAAGAGGAACAGAAAAGACUUGAAAUGGAAAUGCAAAAGCGACGGGAAAGAAUAGAAAAAUGGCGAGCAGAGAAAAACAAGACAAAGGAGCUUUUGCCAAUCAAUAUAGCUCCACCGUCCAAGAAAUGGAGUCUUGAAGAUGAGGAUGAUGAUGAUGAGGAAAAUGAGGACGAUGAGACAAAAACUGACGAUGAUAAUGAAGUUGAUCCACUGGAUGCUUAUAUGCAGAGUGUGAAUGAGGAAAUAAAGAAGCCGGAACAUACACCGAUGGAUACAAAUAAUAGUUCCAGUGGUAAAGUUACUAUAAUCACAGCUGUAGCCAAGAAGAGACCUGAUCCUACAGUACAGAAAGGAGAACUUAUGCUCAACAACACAGAUCUAAUGGAGUAUUCAUCAGAGGAAGAAGAAGAGGAUCUCGACUCCACGAUGCUGAACAUGAUCAAGAAAAAGAAGGAUCUGGCCACAACUGACCACAGUAAAGUGUAUUAUGCUCCAUUUAGAAAAAACUUCUAUGUGGAAGUUCCUGAACUAGCAAGGAUGACACCAGAAGAGACUGAAGAAUUAAGAACGGAGAUGGAACAAAUAAAAGUGCAUGGGAAAGGCUGUCCUAAACCAGUCAGAGAAUGGGCACAAGUUGGAGUCAGCAAAAAAGUUUUAGAUUGUCUCAAAAA